AUGCCAUUAGCGACCCCAACACCCUCCCGCAACAGCCGCUAUGCCUCCACCACCACCAACGACAACGGCAAUGACGAUGGCAUCCCCAACCUCGACCAGCAACUCCCACCCUACGAACCUCCUCUCGCACCCCUAACGCAAAAAUCGCAAACCGCCCUCGCGGACCUCGCCCAGUCGCACAAACUCAAAGCCCUCCAAACGCACAUUACCCACGCGGUCGAGAAACUCGGCGACUCGGCGGCGCAGGUCAAUGAGCGGUUAACUGAUGCGAGGGAGCGGUAUACGCGGUACACGGCGAGGAAGAGGUCGAGGAGUCAAUAUGAGAAUGAAAAUAAUGGAGGAGAAGACCAGAGGGAGGGCGAGGGUGAGGACGAGAAGGAUGAAGAAUUCCAGCGCUUCAAAAGGACAGAAGAACAAGUCCACGCUAUAACCGAGAAACUCGAGUCCGAAAUGCGCGGCAUCGUCGAUACAGAAGUCAAAGCCGGCGGUCUUAUAUCCAUCCUCGCAGACCUGGGUAAAGAAGCAGAAGCCGCGUCUACGGCUACACAGCGCCAACAACCCCGCAACACACGACGACGAAGACGCAAUUCCAACCCUGACUCGGACGAGGAAGCGGAAAACGAGGACGAAGAAGACGAAGACUACCAAGAAACCCAACAAUCCCAGCGAGCCAGCGAACCCCCCAGCCAGAAAUUAACAACCCAACUCACCACCGAAACCCAAAACUGGCACGCCCUCUCCCUAACCCAACGCUACUCCACAAACAACACCUACAUCGGCUUCUACCGCAUGGUCCACGACGCCAAGCACCCCGGCGACGACAUCCCCCCUCUCCCACACGCCUCAACAUGGUUCAGACACCUCGAAGACCCGUCCACCGCCGCAGUCCCUCCACGAACCCAGACACGGCCGCAAACUCGCCGGCACCAGUCCACUCCCGCUGAGGGUAAUGACGAGGAUAUUGCUAUUGAAAAAGAGCGCGUCUCGCUGAAGUGUCCGUUGACGCUGCUUACGUUCAAUGAGCCGUUGACGUCGACGAAGUGCCCGCAUAGUUUUGAGGCGCAGGCGAUUAUGGAUAUGAUUUCGCAUAGUCCGAUGAUGGUGCCUGUUGGCCGGGAUCGGAGAAAUCGUGUGCGUGCGGUGAAGUGUCCGGUUUGUUCGGUUGUGUUGACGCAAGAGGAUUUGAAGAGGGAUGCGGUUUUGGAGAGGAGGGUUAGGAGGAUGCAGAGACAGCAGCAGGAGGAGGAGGAGGAGGAGGAUGAAGAUGAGGAUGAGGAUGAGGAUGGGGGAGAUGGUCGUCGGAGGAAGAGAAACAGGGCUCAGCGGAAGUCUGGGAUUACAGUUGCUAGCGACGAUGAAGAUGAUGACGAUGACGAGGAAGAAGCGCAGCCUGUUCGGGUCAAGCAAGAAAAGGCCAUGACGCGUGGUCCUAGUGCUAUUUAG